AUGACAACUGAUUCAGCUAUCGAGUCGCUGGAUACUUUCAGCAAGGAUGCUACCAAACCAACUACGGUCUCCUCGGCGAGCCUGGCGCCGUUAGCAGCCAACAGCUCCUUGCCCAGCAGCACAGAUAUCCGCUCUCUCAAUCAAAGUCAACUGUCAGUCAAUGCCGAAGACUUGACUACACAAGCCAACGGUAGCAUGGCCAGAGAUCCAGUCAUUUUUUAUGAGCAGAGCGAACGAGAUACCAGUCAACUGUCGCACAAGCAGGAUCGGUCGUAUGUGGAGCAGAGGUCGCACAUGUCGGCGUCACAGAUGGAACAGGAGCACAACUUGAACGAAGUGGUGUAUCUCAACUCUACCACAGAGUUUUUUCCCAUUGAUGAUCAAGAUGAACAAGUGUACCUUGAACAAUACUCCGAAGGUGAGGAUGAUUUCCCAGUGCUGCAGUUGAAGGUGUCAAAGUUGCAGAAGCAAGUCCGAGAGAUGCGCAAGUUCAUGAGGGGGCUGGUACAAUUGCAGGUCCGUCGGGAGCUCAAGAAGCAGCAGGUGUUUUCAUGGCACAAGAACCCAAAGAGACAAGUCAAAAAGAUGAAGUAUCUGACAAGGGCAGACCUUCACCAGAGCUGCGAGAGGAUCAGUACACCAAAGGCAUCGCUUUUGGUCACAGCGGAACUCGGAGCCGAGAAGGAUACAAUCGCAGCCGUCAAGCUUCAGGCUGUCUUCAGAAGUCAGCUCGUUCGGAAGAGAGUUCGUGCAUACCGGGAGGGCAUGCGAGCAGCUACAAUCAUCCAAGCCCGAUGGCGAGGAUACCGUACAAGGACCCUCGAUACGCGUUUGGGUGUGGAACAGCUUCGAUUCAGGAAUCUCAAAAUCCAGAAAGCUUUUGGUCGCGUUUCCAUCAAGCUGCAAUAUCUUCAGGGGCGCAUCCUUGCUUUGGAGGAGAACAGCUUGCCCCUGCAUGAGGCUCAAGAGAUUAUUCACAAAGAGAUUGAAGAUAUGGCCGACCAAAUCGACAGUCUGAAGUUGGAUGUGGACCAAGGAUUGAAGCAGCUGGAUGAGCAGGUCUCGGAGGAGAGGGAGCAGACUACCAUCGAGCUUCGCGGACUGACGGACCGAAUUCAAAAGCUGGAGGAGGAGAUCAAGACUAUGCGCAAUGCCAACUCCAGCAUUGAAAAGCAAGUCAGGACACUGACGCUUGAACUGCCUAGUGAUUCUCGCGGGGAUGCAGACAAGAGCGAGCAGGAAGAUGAUGAGGACGACGACUACGAAGUUCAGUACGACGAGGAUGGCAACAGGAUCGAGCGGCCACCCAAAAAGAUUAUCAAGCGGACAAGCGUACAUCACGAACAGCCCGCUGGGCCAGGAUCGCGACGAACCAGCAAUGCCCAUCCUGUCAUGGAUACGACUGCGAAUGGCAGUCCUACACAAAUGGUGGAUUCUCCUAUCUUUAUGCAUCAGCAGCAGGCGCAGCACCGAGGAAGCAUCGGCAGCAUCCACAGUCAAGGACAUACUAGGACGCUGUCGUUGACAUCGCAACCCCCUCCUUCGCCCAGCCAAGCGUUCCCCAGGGCAUUCCCUGCGUCGUAUUCGCCUACGAUGAGCAACGCCGCUGCCGCACCGGAGGGUGGGGCAUUCUCUAACGGAGUACGACCUCAUUCGAUCCAGUACCCUGGAGCCAACAACAGCAACGCCAACAGCCAUGGCGCGCCACGACCCGCUACGAUGGAUCCUAAUCAACUUUUCCGCUUCCACCCAAGCGCGAACCAGUAUAUACCAGUCUCUCCAUCGUCGGCGGCGUUCGGAGGAGCGCCCGCAGCGAUUGACCCCAAGAAAUAUGUCUCAGUUGAUGAUUUCGAGUACAUGCAAGCCGAGGUUGACACGCUCCGCCUGAACAAUGACCGCCUAGAGGGUACGGUCCGAGAGCUGACCAUGCGACUAAACAGCCUCACAUCCCAUAUCGGAUUUCCUGGAUAA